UCUUGCGGCCUGACCGGCUGCUCCCCCUGGAAGGCACGGCGGGUCUCCAGCCCCGAGGACGUUUCCUCCAAGACACAGCGAUGAGGCCCCCUCUGCCCGGUCCCUGCCCUGCCCCUCGGGCCAGCCCCGAGUCCUGGGCCACCAUCUAUACCACAGGAGCCUGCCCCUCCCACCCCACACCCUCCUGCUGCCCGCCGCCGCCCCCUUCCUGCCCACCCCUUUGCCCCGUCCGGGCGGGCAGGAAGGGAGGUGCAGGGCACCGGCUGUGAUGGGCAAACCCCGUCUUGCCCAGAGCCGGCUCCUGCGCCCGGCCCGGUGCCCGUCCAUGCAGCUCACCGCGCCCUGGGCCCCCAGCCCGGGGACCACGGCCUGGGACUACUCGGGCGCGGGCGGCCUGGAGCAGCUGGAGCUGUGCCCGCCGGUGGACCUGCCCUACAGCCACGCCUACAUCCCCGCGCUCUACCUGGCGGCCUUCGCGGUGGGCCUGCUGGGCAACGCCUUCGUGGUGUGGCUGCUGGCCGGGCGGCGCGGCCCGCGGCGGCUCGUGGACACCUUCGUGCUGCACCUGGCGGCCGCCGACCUGGGCCUGGUGCUCACGCUGCCGCUCUGGGCCGCGGCGGCGGCGCGCGGCGGCCGCUGGCCCUUCGGCGAGGGCCUGUGCAAGUUGAGCAGCUUCGCGCUGGCGGGCACGCGCUGCGCGGGCGCGCUGCUACUGGCCGGCCUCAGCGUGGACCGCUACCUGGCGGUGGUGCCCGCGCCGGGCGCGCGGCCGCGGCGCACUCGGCGCUGCGCGCGGGCCGCCUGCUGCGGCGUCUGGGCCGCGGCGCUCCUGGCCGGCCUGCCCGCGCUGGCCUACCGGCGGCUGCAGCCGCUGCCAGGCGGCCCGGGCCGUCAGUGCGGGGAGGACCCCUCGGACGCCUUCCAGGGCCUCGGCCUCCUGCUGCAGCUGCUCACCUUCGUGCUGCCCAUGGGCGUCACCGUCGUCUGCUACUGCCGCGUCGCUCGCCGCCUGCGCCGGCCGCCGCUCCUGGGCCGCGCCCGCAGGAGCUCGCUGCGCAUCAUCUGCGCCGUGGAGGGCGCGUUCGUGGGCUGCUGGCUGCCCUUCUGCGCCCUGCGCGCCGUCUUCCACCUGGCGCGCCUGGGGGCCGUGCCGCUGCCCUGCCGCCUGCUGGGGGCGCUGCGCUGGGGCCUCACCGUCGCCACCUGCCUGGCCUUCGUCAACAGCUGCGCCAACCCGCUCAUCUACCUCCUGCUGGACCGCUCGUUCCGCGCGCGCGCCUGGCGCGGCGUCUGCGGGCGCGGCCACGGCCUGGCGCGCCGGGCGAGCUCGGCGUCCUCGCUGUCCGCGGACGGCAGCUCGGUGUUCCGGGGCGCGGCCCGCAGUCGGGGGCGAGCCCAGACGGCGAGCACGGCCUCGGCCGGCCCUUAGCCGCCCGGCGGCGCAGCGCCGCGGGCAGGGAGGCCGCAGGGGCGCCCGGGCUCCCCACAUGUGGCCCUCCGUGGGCCGCAGGCUGCGCCGGCCGCCUGCCCCGCGCCAUCCCGCAUCAGCUUUCCCAGGACAGCCUCCCCCCAUCCGCGCCGCGCCCCUCCGUUCCCGCAGCCCAGGGGGCUCCUGGCGGAUUUUCCCCAGUCCAGUGGAAGGCCCGUGAGAUGGAGAAGACAGACACCUGGGGUCGCGCAGCCCCGCCAGGUAGACGACAGAGAAGUGGGCUUCCUUCUGCGUCGGGAACAGCACCCGCCAGAAUUUGCACCGGACCCUCCGCAGACUCCCCCUUAGUCCGCUGACAGACGUUGCCUUCUGAGAAAGACCCUCUCCCAGUCAGACCUUCUGGCCUUCCCACCUCCAGGAUUUGGGAGUGGCAAGCGCUUCCGUGCCCAGCGUGUCCCCACCCCGCCCCCCGAGGCUGCAGUGCUCGCCCUGGAAGCCAUCCCGGCCCUUCCUUCUGCACAGAGGCUCCAGAAUCCCUCGGGCGCUCAGUUCCGCGCCUCGGCCCGGGCGUCCGGGGGCUGUGCCAGCUGUGCCUUCUCAAUAAAUAC